AAAAUUAAAAAUAUAUAUACACUAGCCCUCCACUAAGACAAACCACUAUAACGGGACAUCGCAAUAAGAGAGGGAGCAGAAUCCUUCCGCCGCCGGAAAACCUGUAAGAGCUCGUCGGGGAAGGCGUUAGAAACCGUCGCCGUGAGAGUUACAGAGACGAACAAGGGUUGCGAAGAUGGAUAAAGUGAAGAUCGAAGAGAUUCAGUCCACUGCGAAGAAGCAGAGAAUCGCCACUCACACCCAUAUCAAAGGCCUCGGUCUCGAGCCCACUGGCAUUCCCAUACCUUUGGCUGCUGGAUUUGUGGGUCAGCUUGAGGCUAGAGAAGCAGCUGGUCUUGUUGUGGAUAUGAUAAAGCAGAAGAAAAUGGCAGGCAAGGCUCUCUUGCUUGCUGGACCUCCUGGUACCGGCAAAACAGCUUUGGCUCUUGGAAUAUCCCAAGAGCUGGGAAGCAAAGUUCCCUUUUGUCCAAUGGUUGGAUCUGAGGUUUACUCAUCAGAGGUUAAGAAAACUGAGGUUCUGAUGGAGAAUUUCAGACGUGCCAUUGGCCUUCGCAUCAAGGAAACUAAAGAGGUCUAUGAAGGGGAGGUCACCGAGCUCUCCCCAGAAGAAACUGAAAGUGCUACUGGGGGUUACGGUAAAAGCAUCAGUCAUGUUAUAAUUGGGCUCAAGACAGUGAAAGGAACUAAACAACUGAAGUUGGAUCCCACUAUAUAUGAUGCCUUGAUCAAGGAAAAGGUAGCUGUUGGUGAUGUCAUAUAUGUUGAAGCCAAUAGUGGAGCUGUCAAACGGGUCGGUAGAAGUGAUGCUUUUGCCACAGAAUUUGACCUAGAAGCUGAAGAGUAUGUUCCGCUUCCUAAAGGAGAAGUUCACAAAAAGAAAGAGAUAGUGCAGGAUGUCACCCUCCAUGAUCUGGAUGCAGCAAAUGCAAGACCUCAAGGUGGGCAGGAUAUUCUUUCUCUUAUGGGUCAAAUGAUGAAACCUCGGAAGACAGAGAUCACUGAUAAGCUUCGUCAAGAAAUUAAUAAGGUAGUUAACCGUUAUAUAGAUGAAGGUGUCUCGGAGCUUGUUCCCGGAGUUCUGUUUAUUGAUGAGGUACAUAUGCUUGAUAUGGAGUGCUUUUCAUACUUGAACCGUGCUUUGGAGAGCUCGCUAUCUCCGAUAGUAAUAUUUGCAACAAAUAGAGGCGUAUGUAACGUAAGAGGGACUGAUAUGAACAGUCCCCACGGAGUACCCGUCGACCUUUUGGACCGACUGGUCAUUGUCCGGACUCAGAUUUAUAAUCCCUCCGAAAUGAUACAGAUUAUAGCAAUCCGCGCACAAGUUGAAGAACUGAAUGUAGAUGAAGAAUGCUUGGCCUUCCUCGGGGAAAUCGGACAGAGGACAUCCCUAAGGCAUGCGGUUCAGCUCUUGACUCCUGCUAGCAUCGUGGCAAAAACGAACGGCCGCGACAAUAUUUGCAAGGCUGAUCUCGAGGAAGUGACCUUGCUCUACCUCGACGCAAAGUCUUCAGCAAGGGUCUUGCAAGAGCACGAAGACAAAUACAUCUCUUGAGUUAAUAACCCUCUUCGAAAAUCUUUCCUUUUCUCUCCUCGUCAGCCGCCAAAUCCCAUAAGGUUGGAUUUUUUUUUCUCCCUCUGCACACAUUUGAUCAUCUUCUUUGCCAUGGCUUUGUUCUGUUCCGACAUCUUCCUCUGUUUUGUCAAGCCAUGACAUGGAGAAGCUAACCUUGGUCGAGGGGAUUGGUCGAAGUGUAAUAUUAUUCGGUUUCUGAGACCGAAAAUCCAUGUACGUACGGAAUGAUUACUUGCUAUGGAAUUAUUCUGCAGAGAGGAUAUGUGAACUCGGGUUGCUUUGAA